UGUGGUGUUACAAGUCAGUAGUGUGUGAGCGCGGUGCGCUGUAAACAUCUGUACGUUAAUGAUAUAAAAUUUUAUAGACUGUGACGUGAAGUUGUAUUUAUACAGUAUUACAUUAUAUAAAAACAUUUUAAUACAAGUAAAAACAAUGGGUGCAAAAGAAAUAAACGGUAGUGCUAUAAAAGCAAACAAAAAAAAUAAAGAAAAACCUAAAGCUUCGCCCACUCCGCAGAAACGACCGGGAGCGAUUUCGCGGUUUUUCUUCUGUUGGAUGUUUCCUUUAUUCUAUUACGGGAAUAUUCGUGAUCUGGAUGAAAGUGAUUUGGUGAAAGCAAAAAAAAAUUAUGACUCAAAACGUACAGGAGAUGAGUUAGAACGGAGAUGGCUAGAAGAAGAAGAAGCAGCGAAAGUGGCUGGCCGAAAGCCUUCUUUUAGAAACGUCCUCAUCAAAACUUUCAUUUGGUCCUUCUUACCUGGUGGGCUCAUGCAAUUUGGUUACGUAGUAUUAAGAACAGGAACACCGCUACUUUUUGCCCGGCUACUUCAGUUUUGGUCCCCGACCGAUACUAUAGACCAGCUGACGGCGAUGUACUACGCUGUCGGGCUCAUCCUCGCCAACUGGGUGGCAGCUUUCUUUAAUCACCACGGUAAUUUGUAUUGUCAGCAGUUCGGGAUGAAACUUCGAGUGGCUACUAGCUCGUUAAUGUUUAGAAAGAUAAUGCGUAUGAACAACGGGUCUCUUGGUGAGACGACGGCGGGAAAAGUGGUGAAUCUGCUCUCUAACGAUCUGCAGCGGUUUGACAUGGCCUUUCUCUUUUUGCACUACAUUUGGAUCAUCCCACUGCAGCUAAUCGCAGUAUCCUAUCUAGGUUACAUGCAGGCGAAAAACGCUGCCCUAAUAGGGUUAGCGGCUUUAAUUUUAAUUGCAUUGCCAAUUCAAGUUACUAUCGGUAGGGUACUUGGUAAAGUGCGUAUGCGCACAGCCGAAAGGACAGACGAUAGAAUAAAAGUAAUGAGCGAAGUUAUAAAUGGAAUUCAAGUUAUCAAAAUGUACGCUUGGGAGAUUCCGUUCCAAAAGGUGGUUAGAGACAAACGUGGUAAUGAGAUGAAGCAAAUACGAGUCGCUACCGCACUUAGAGUUGUGUUCUUAGGAUUUUUGAUAUUUACGGAGAGAACCGCGCUCUUCAUUACAAUACUUACAUUUAUAUUGUUUGGCAACUCCAUGACAGCUAAUGUUAUAUAUCCAUUACAACAGUUUAUGAACGCAGCUCAGAUUAAUAUAACAUUGAUUCUCCCUUUGGUGUUUGCAUUCUCAUCCGAAUUACUUGUUUCAAUUGGACGAGUUCAAGACUUCCUUAUGUUAGAGGACCGUCCCGACUUGGUGGCGAGCCAUUCGACCUCAAUGGCGAGUAUAUUCCGAGACUCUAUCAGCUCCAGUGAAAAAGAUAUGUGUGUUAAAGCGCUCUCGUACAAAAGAAAAUCGGAUGCAUCCUUUGUUAAACGUUCGAGCAUGGAACGGAAAUAUGCAAGAAGCGUAUCGCAGCCAGCAUUGGACAUCGCAGUGGAAGUACGUGAUGUAUGCGCAAGCUGGACAAGUGACCCCAACUUCUUGGCUCUCAAGAAUGUUUCCAUGCGGCUGCGUAAAGGCAAGCUCUGCGCUAUCAUUGGAGCCGUCGGUUCUGGAAAAUCGUCUCUGUUACAACUACUGCUAAAAGAAUUGCCAGCGGCUUCUGGCAGCGUUUCAAUACAAGGAAGCCUGUCAUACGCAUGCCAAGAGGCGUGGCUCUUCCCCAGCACGGUCCGAGAGAACAUCUUAUUUGGCCUUCCUUAUGACCCGGUUAAGUACAGAAAGGUCUGCAAAGUAUGCACGCUUGAAAAAGAUUUCCUGCAAUUUCCAUACGGAGACCAGACUUUGGUGGGUGAGAGAGGAGUGUCCCUAUCGGGGGGUCAACGAGCCAGGAUCAAUUUGGCGCGCUCUGUUUACAGAGAAGCUGAUAUCUACUUACUGGAUGACCCGUUGUCUGCUGUGGAUGCGAACGUAGGACGGCUGCUCUUCGAGGGAUGCAUCAAUGGUUAUUUACGCGGGCGGACCCGCAUUCUCGUUACUCAUCAAAUACACUUCCUUAAGGCUGCUGAUUAUAUCGUCGUGCUAAAUGAGGGUCGAGUGGAGAAUAUGGGCACUUUUGAUGAGCUUGUGUCAUCCGGCAAGGAAUUUUCUACGAUACUGGCCAGUUUACAAGAAAGCAAGGACAAAGACGCUGAGAGCGUGGGAUCUGGAGCGAGUGUGGAAGACAAACCUUCCUUAGCAAGAGCCCAAUCAUUCACUAAUGAUGAAGAAGAGAAGCUGCCUCAAUUUGAAGCACAGAAGAUGGUAGCAGAAGAACGACAAUCAGGCAAUUUGCGAUGGGAGGUGAUAGCGGCAUAUUUCACUUCAGGCGGAAGCAAGUUAUUCAUUACGUUUACAGUAUUAAUGAUUGCAUUGGCAGCAGCGAGUGGUGCAUCGGCUGACUUCUGGGUCAGUUAUUGGUCGAAUCAAAUGGCUAUAUACGAAGAGAACUUAUCGGGAGAAAAUAUGGAUCCUGGUUUAGGUGUGCAAGUUGGACGGUUCACUACAGGACAAUAUCUUAUUAUUCAUGGAUGUAUCGUUUUUAUGUGUGUACUGCUAACUAAUCUGAGAGUUUUAACUUUUGUCAAACUGUGUGUCUCUGCUUCCAAAAAGCUACACGAUGUAAUGUUCUCCACUAUGAUUAAAGGCAUCAUGCGAUUUUUCGACACAAGUUCAUCAGGUCGAAUUCUAAAUCGUUUUACUAAGGACAUGGGUGCUUUAGAUGAAAUUUUGCCUAGGACACUUAUGGACGUAUUUCAGAUAUAUUGCAAUCUAGCUUGCGUUUUGAUAUUGAACGCAAUAGCUCUAUAUUGGACUCUGGUCCCAUCUGUAGUACUGUUAAUUCUGUUUGUCUUAUUUGUAAAAGUUUAUUUAAAGACUGCACAAGGAAUUAAAAGAUUGGAAGGCACAACAAAAAGUCCAGUAUUCGGUAUGGUCACUUCUUCCUUGAACGGUAUAGCUACAAUUAGGUCAUUUGGCGCCCAAAAGAGGCUUAUUGAACAGUUUGAUGAGCAUCAGGACUUAAAUACAUCUGCAUGGAAUGGAUACUUGGGUGGAGGCUGCGCAUUCGGCUUUUAUUUAGAUUCCAUGUGCUUGGUCUACCUUAGCAGCAUCAUAUUUGCAUUCCUUUAUCUUGAUUUUGGAGACGCGAUCCCAGUUGGCAGUGUAGGACUAGCGGUGACGCAGAGCAACACGCUGACGAUGAUGCUGCAGCACGGCGCGCGCAUGCUUGUGGAGUUCAUUGCACAGCUGACCAGUGUUGAGCGUGUGCUCGAAUACACUCGCAUCGACACAGAGCCAAACCUCUUUCAAGGAAAAAUAGAGACACCCCCACAAUGGCCGUCGCAUGGCAGGAUUGAGUUUCAGAAAGUAUUUUUGCGAUACGCGCCAGACGAACCGCCGGUACUUAAAGACAUGAACAUUAUUGUUGAAAGUGGAUGGAAGGUGGGUAUCGUCGGUAGGACAGGCGCUGGGAAGUCGUCAUUAAUAUCGGCGUUAUUUAGAUUCGCUUACAUUGACGGAUUGAUAUCUAUCGAUGGUGUCGACACGUCUUUAAUUGGAAGACAGGAACUUAGAUCGAAAAUUUCCAUUAUACCUCAAGAGCCGGUUCUGUUCUCUGCUACUAUUAGGUACAAUUUAGAUCCUUUCAAUAUCUACAGCGACAAUGACCUUUGGAAAGCGCUUGAACAGGUGGAUAUGAAAUCAGCGGUCCCAUCUUUAGACUUUAAAGUGACUGAAGGUGGUUCAAACUUCUCCGUGGGGCAAAGGCAGCUGAUGUGCUUAGCGCGUGCUGUGCUCAGGUCAAACAAAAUACUUAUUAUGGAUGAAGCCACUGCGAACGUGGAUCCCCAGACGGAUAAUUUCAUUCAGGAGACGAUCAGGCGACAGUUUUCAUCAUGUACAGUAUUAACGAUUGCGCACCGUUUGAACACGAUCAUGGAUUCGGAUCGCGUGCUUGUGAUGAAUUUCGGUCAGGUGGCCGAGUUUGAUCACCCGUAUAUAUUACUGUCUGAUCCUAACAGCAUGUUCUCGUCGAUGGUUCGAGAGACCGGCGAGAAGAACAGCGCCCAGCUCUUCCAAGUCGCGAAAGAAUCGUAUUUCCAAAGUAAUCUGAAAGAAAAUGCCAGAUAAAACAUGUGAUUUAUAUUAUACUCGUAAAUCUAAUAUAAGCAUAUUAGACAUGAGAGACAUGUUUGCAUUAUUUCCAUUAAAAAUAAUAGACGAUAUUAGUAGAAAAGAUUCAAUAUUAUCUAUCUACUAAAUAAACUGUAAUAAUGGAAAUUACGUUACUGAAUAAGGACUGUAUGAGUAUUUAGAUUAAGACUACUUUUAGGAUGUAUAUUGUAAAUAAACAAUUUUGAUACAACACGAACGAAAUAAACCAAUAAAACUGUUUUUAAUUUA